AGCCGAGUGGCAGAGUGGAGAAGGAGGCGAUGCACAUGAACUGCUCUCUGUCGUUCCUGGAAGGGUAACAGUGUGAUCGUGGCCAUGAAACGACUCCACCCCACAGCACGUCCCGUUCAGACAGUCUAAUCUGACCCACUUCCUCAGAGACUCCCUCGGUGGAAAUAGUCACAUCGUUCUCAUUGCCAAUGUGUGGGAGAAGUUGACCAACUUCAAGAAACUAUAUCUACGCUGCGAUUCGCCGCGAGAGUGAGACGCGUGCAGACUAAUCCGGUGAAAAACACUCUCAAGGAUCCACAGUUACUCCUGAAAGAAUACGAGAGAGAAAUUGCAAGUCUCAAGGAAGAAUUGAGCAUGCACAAUACAAUGCUGAAUCGCAGGUCGGUGUCAUACGACACUCUGAGUGAGCUGGAGGUGGAGGAGAUACGACAGCAAGUGGAGAGCUUCCUCAACGGAACACUGCCUGACAUUGAGUUAGUAAGUGUGAAACAGGUGAAGGAGGUGUUUGAACAGUUCAAGGCAAUCACAUUGUCACGUGAUGGUGGUGUGCAGUCAAGUAGUGAAGGUCGGGGGACAUCAGGCAAAACUGAACCUGUGCCACACUCGGCUUCUCGCACCAAACGGGAGAGCAAAGUGCAGAGUGGGGCUGGGGUUGUGGCUGAGACUGCUGGUGAGACAGAAGGUGUUGGACUUGGCCUGGGCAUAGCACCAGCGUCCCUGAAGCAUCCAACAUCAGCAGCUGUGGCUGUUAGGAAAUCCAAAGUGGCGUCUAAAACUGACACCAAAUCCAAAGAGAGCAAACUCAGCACAAAGAGAACUGAAAGUCCUGCUCCAUCGUUAGCAGCCGACGAGGAGGGAGCCCCUUCCGAGAUUGGGGGUCAAUCAACGCGACCGUCCACACCUCCACCAAAGGAAGAAGCAUUUGAGGAAUUCAAGAGACAAAGAGGCUCUGAAAUCAACCAAGUUUUUCUCGACAACAAAGCUACUCUGAGUCGCAAGAAGAAGGAAGUUAUUGAACUCUCUGCAACCAUCAACACCAUCAAGAAGAAGGUUGAUGAGCUGGACAAGUCCCUAGCAGAAACUACUGAGUGGAGGGAGGGAGGGGAGGGAGUGAGGAGUGAAGAUGGUGACAGUGGGGAGAUUGUGAUGGAGGAGUGGCAGUUCAACGCCCACUCUAAACUGAAAGAGCUCAAAGUGAGCUACCGCCAGCAUUACAAGAAUCUUCAGAGUCUGCAGGAGGAGGUGGAGUACUGCAGUCACUACGUGUCUCAGAGCAGGAGGAAACUGGUGGACGAAUUUGAGACUUGGUACAACACUGCCUUCAUUGGAGACCCCGCAAACCAUCUCCAUGAUGGAAAGUUGUACGUGGCUAGAGAGCUACACACAUUGCUCAAGGGUGAAAAUGGGGUGGCCUAAAGUUUUAGCAAGCAAGAAUGGAGAAGGACAGGAAAUUCAAGCAAAGGGUGAUGAUAGGGAGUUUGAUGAACUUCAAGAGCAGCUGAGCAAGGAGCCUUCAUCAGCCUUCUAUACUGCACAGUUGAGGACCCAGAAGAGGGGCUAUCAGAAGGCCACAAGACAAGUGACAGUCAUGUAGAGGAGAACAGAACAUUAGUAUUGGUGGACACAUUUUUGUUGGAACACACGUUGUUUUGACCUGGGACUCUAGCGUUUUAGCUUGCACCUGGUUUGCUUAAUGCAAGGCCCUGGUUCUACCCUUACCAUCCUUGACAAGUAAUGCAUACUCAAAUUUGCGUAAUGUUAUAUAA